UUUACGCAGCCACGUCAUGUAAACUAAAGAGAAGGAGUACAUCCACUGAAAUAACCAAAAUAGUAGAAAGUUAAACAGGAUUUCUACUUCUUGGUCACCAAGAAGAUCGUUACGCUUAAAUUCUCUCUGCAUCCGCUUCACAGAGACUCUCGACAAAGAACUGCAGGGCAAUUGCACCCUCUGGCACCAUGUCAGAUAUUGGGGACUGGUUUAAAAGCAUCCCGCUGAUUACCCGAUAUUGGUUUGCGGGAUCAAUUGCUGUACCAUUAAUAGGAAAACUCGGAUUAAUCAGUCCUAUGUACCUCGUGUUAUGGCCGGAGAAUUUCUUUCACAAGUUUCAGAUAUGGAGACCCGUGACUUCGACGCUGUACUUCCCUGUUGGUCCAGGAACAGGAUUUCUGUACUUGGUUAAUCUGUAUUUCCUAUACCAGUACUCCACCAGGCUUGAAACAGGAGCCUUUGAUGGGAGACCAGCAGAUUACAUUUUUAUGCUCCUGUUCAACUGGAUCUGCAUUGUUAUCACAGGCUUAAUGAUGGAUAUGCAGCUUCUGAUGAUCCCUUUGAUCAUGUCCGUUCUGUACGUCUGGGCCCAACUCAACCGAGACAUGAUCGUAUCCUUCUGGUUUGGAACCAGAUUCAAGGCAUGCUACCUCCCCUGGGUCAUUCUGGGUUUCAACUACAUCAUUGGAGGCUCAUAUCCUAUGGACCUCGGAGGCAGAUCCUUCCUCUCCACCCCACAAUUCCUGUACCGGUUUUUCCCCACUCGGCGAGGUGGAGUGUCUGGUUUCGGUGCCCCUCCGAGCAGGAGACCCAUGGCUCAGGAGCAGGGAGGCGGCGGCGGUGGCGGCGGACGCCAUAACUGGGGCCAAGGCUUUAGGCUAGGCGACGACUGAAGGGACUGUUGCCACCCGGUGCCCCCCCCGAGACACAUACUGAGACUGCUGACGUCAAACGAUGCAGAACACAAAGAUUUUUAUACGAUUUAUUUUUGGUUCUGUUUUCUGUAAAAGGUAAAGAAAAGAAUUGUAAUGUUCCAUGGCGGUUUCAGGAUUGUGUGUUUUUUUUUUUUUGUUUUUUGUUUUCCCACAGCUCUUGAUGCCAUAUCAUAUUACACUGUACUUAUUGAGUUCCUCAGCGUGUGUAUAGCCUUUCAGAGAUAGCUGCGCUGGCGAUGCUGCGUCGGAAGAGAGGAGCGGAGACAACCGCGUCUUCUUUAUUGUCUACGCCUGAAUGGAAUCGGAUGUAUCAUGUACUCUUGGCAGUGCGAGCAGGCUAACUCUUAUGUGCACGCAGUCAAGUUACAGUUGUUCUUUCACUACUCCUUAAGAUCGCUGUGUCCGUUUUUUUUUUUGUUUGUUUGUUUCGUUUGGUUGGUUUUCUUCUGAUUGGGUCAGGGGAUACGAGGAUGUACAAAUCUAAAAAUAUUGAUCGUAAAUUCUAUAAAACAUGUUAUUUGAUUAAAAAAGAAUAAUAUUUGUGUUUUUAACCCAUUAAAUCACUUGUGGUUUGUUUUGCAUUAAGUGAGUAAAUGGUUUAUGUGCAGCAGACUUAAGAUGCUUUACAUGGUUCGGUAUGACUGUGUAACACAAGUAGUUGUAUAGUGAGUGGGUCAGUGUAUUUAAAAAUCUGAAUGGCACAGAAUGAAACUGCUGAGCAGCACCUCUCUCUGCAUGUAAAAGUGCUUUGGAGAAGUAAUCGAAUGAAAUAAUCCCUGGAAUAAUUUGAGAUGCUGGUAGCAUAGCGAAAAUUGAACACAUCCGUGAUGUUAUAGAGUGAUGUCUUGCCAAAAUCCCUUUUAAAAAGGAUAUGAAAUAAAGCGCUGUUCUGAUACGGG